UCUCUCUCUCUCUCUCUCUCUUUUUCUCUGUCCUCUCCUCUCCUCUCCUCCCGGCGUAGUCAAGACGUACCGUUAAUUACGCGUCUCUCCUACCACCCCUACCCAUUGAUGUCCCCGCCGUCGCGUAACUCGUGCAUGCCCUUUGCUAAGUGCAUCGUGCAUCGCGCGCCUCCAAGGACGCGCGUCCUCAUCCCCGGGCGGCAGCAGCAACCUUGGAAGAGACACGCCGUACGUCCCGGCCGCAGGACCAUCACGCUGGAAGGUUAGGUUAGAUUCGCGCAAAUGAAGGAUGUUAGGUGAGGAAGUUCGCGAGACCGGCUGAAUUGCGGACUCGUCAGGAUGAUGGGUAGCAUGCCGAGCGGACGAAUGAGGAGGAUCCUCCUCUUUCUCGUCCUGAUGACCGGAGUCCUGCUGAUCGCCAUGUACGCGCACGCUCCUCCGCUCGCAUCGCUCCAGCCGAUCGCGUCACGCCGGACAUUCCAAAGUCCAUGGUCCUGGGCGUGUGUAGCGAAUCGAUGUGAGAAGCGAGCGGUGAGGUCCUCGAGAACAUCUUUGGCUACCUGCACUGCGCAUUGCGGAGGGAACGCUCGUCUGCUGUGGCCCAGGCCGACCAAGAGCGUCGUCUUGGGUGACGAAAGUGUCAUCCUGCAUCUUCAGCAGAUCGAGUUCGUCUUCGACACGAACGACCAGGAAACAAAGGGUCUGUUGGAGCACGCGCAGGAUGUCUUCAUCGGGAACAUCAGGAGUCUGGUAAAGGUGCUGAACGCUAAAAGUCGAUCCGGCGUCGACUCCUUCAUUAUAUACCUGAGCACCGAGGACGCGAGAGGUGCUACUUUGACUCUGGAUACCGAUGAGUCGUACAAGCUGGAGCUCAUGCCGAAGGGGAAGAUCCUGAUGGCCAAGAUCUGGGGAAAGAGUUACUUUGGCUUGCGCCAUGGUCUCGAGACCCUCAGUCAACUGAUCUGGUGGGAUGAGGCCGCUGCCAAGCAAGGUGCUCUUCGUGUUCUCACGCGAGCUUCCAUCGAGGACAAGCCCGCGUUUCCUUAUCGUGGUCUCCUCGUCGACACUGGCAGGCAGUUCUUCCCUGUUGAAGAGCUGAAGAGGGUGAUCGACGGCAUGGCGGCCACGAAGCUCAACACCUUACAUUGGCACCUCACCGACUCGCAGAGCUUUCCGUUCGACUCGGCGCAAUAUCCCGAAAUGGCGAGAUGGGGUGCCUACAGCGACGACAGAAUCUACACGCCCGACGAUGUAAAGGACCUCGCGGAUUACGCGAGGAUACGCGGCGUACGGAUCAUCGUUGAAAUUGAUUCCCCGGCUCAUGCCGGUGCCGGGUGGCAAUGGGGUAUGGAGCAUGGUUUUGGCGACCUGGCGUUAUGUGUUGACCAGCAACCGUGGGCAUCGUACUGCGGUGAGCCAAAUUGCGGCCAAUUGAAUCCCAUAAACGAGCACUCGUACCGAAUACUCGAAGGGCUCUAUCGGGAAUUGUUGGACUUGACUGAAGUGCGUGACGUGGUGCAUCUCGGUGGCGAUGAAGUGAACCUUGACUGCUGGGCGCAAUACGGUAAUAUCACUUUGGCCAUGCAGGCGCAGAACAUGACAGACUAUCACGAAUUGUGGGCCGAGUUCGAAAGGAAGAUGUUGCAACGUGUCAUUAAAGCAAAUCACGACCGAGUGCCGAAGGCGGUGAUUAUGUGGAGUUCACCGUUGGCGAAACGGCCGUACAUCACCGCGUACUUUGAUCCGAAGAUUCAUGUGAUCCAGUCGUGGGGUGCCAGCAAUUGGCCUGAAACGUCAGAUCUGCUGGAGGACGGCUUCCGCGUGAUAUUGUCGCAUGUGGACGCGUGGUAUCUGGAUUGUGGCUUCGGCAGGUGGCGGGAGAGCGGCGAAGCCGCGUGCGGAGAAUACCGCACUUGGCAGACUGUUUAUAAUCACCGUCCGUGGAGGGACUAUCCCCAAGAACAAGUGUCCUUGGUUCUCGGCGGCGAAGCAGCUAUCUGGAACGAGCAAACGGGACAGGCAUCUUUGGGACCUCGACUAUGGCCUAGAGCAUCAGCGCUCGCCGAACGACUGUGGAGCGACCUGCCAAUGAUGAGUUACUCCACAGACGAGAAUGUUUACACCAGAUUAGCCGCGCACAUCGAAGUUCUGGUUAGCAGAGGCGUCAAAACAGAAUCCAUGUGGCCACAUUGGUGCUCCCAGAACCCUGGAAAAUGUCUCUGACCGAGCGUCAGAAAUCGACCAACUGUUCUACGAGUAUUGUACUUGUACUUAUACAUUGUAUUGUACAGCGCCGAUAAUCGUGUAAAGACUGGACUAAUGCUGUCAAUGUAGUAAGCCGCGUAAUUUCCACACCCGGAACCAAAAAUUGCGAAUAAUGCUCAUUUACUACAUCUAUUAUUGAUUAGCAGCUGAUUUCGCGUCAACUAAUUUUGCCUUUUGUUUUUCUAAUCUACACUAAUCAUGGUACUCAAGUAUCCGGGAAAUAUAUACGAAAGACUCAGGUAACUGGGUAUCCGAGUAUUGACAGUAUUGGACUGAACGCCACGAGGAGCGGCAGAGUUCAUUGCGAAUCCGCUUCUCGCUUUCGGUUUAUUAACACAUUGCGAUCCGCGGCCCGCACUAAGUCAUCACGUUCAAUUGUAACGAAUAAGUCGAACCUACAAUACGUACUAAGCCACGCUUUUCUCGAUGCAUGUAAGCGUCGAGAAAGAAAUGUUAUUAUAAAGAUCGGAUUAUAUAAUAUUAUAAUGUUAUAAAUAUAUAAUAUUAUAAUAUUAUUAGAGUAUAUCAGUUACAUAUGAUAGAUUUAGUCUUACGCGAAUGUUUAUAUUUUAACAAAUUGUUGCAAUAUUGACCAUAACGACGGAUUACGUCAAGUUUGCGCUGUCGGCACUAUGGUAUAGUCGUGUCGAUAAAUCCGAUGGCUAAGUGCCGUCAACGGAUCGCAUUGUGUUGAUAUUUUGUAACAGAGAUAUUUAAACCGUAGAUAUUUAUACAACUCAUGAAUAUAUUUAAAUGAUAGGAACGACUGGUUAGGAUGUGUUGUUUCACGACGGUCAUAUCCGGAAUGUACCUACGGUUCUCGGUCUAUCAACGUGCUCGGUAUAAAUGUAUACGUUUUCAUUAUAUCAUCUUUUUCUAUAUCGUGCUUAAAUGUCUCUGUUAUAGGAUAUUAAUGAUUUAAUUAAGCUAUAUAUACUGUUAAGAUAUAUAACAUAUAUUUUCCAGUGUGAGCGGCUUGGGUUUUGCAUGUCUGUAGAUAGUAUUAGUGUAACAAUAAAUAUCCAAUCAUUGUGGGAAUUAUCUGGGUACUCAAAUUAUACUGUGAUUAAUGUACAUAGUACCUUGGAAAAACAAAAGGCAAGAUCAUUCGUUAGAAAAAUCAUUGACAGACGGUGCAUGGCUGUUAUGAAUUGCUUGUGUGUAAUGUUUUAUUCCGGAUAUCCGGAUCUACAGACACGCGGAACAAUUAACUAACUAUGGUCAAUAGUCGUGGCAAUUAUAUUAACGAUCAGUGAAUAUUGGAAUUGAUUUAAUAUCUUAAAAAAUUAUAGGUUGAAGAAAAUAAGAUGUAAAAGUAAUAUAUAAAAUAAUAUGAAAAUUAUGUAGAGAAUAAAUAAAUAUGACGAAAUGUAUAUAAAUAUAAGACGCGACUGUCGACGAUUGCGAAAACCAAGCCGAUCGCAAGAAGAUAUGUGUUACGAGAUGUCUCUGUUAUGAAGUGCUACUACACGGAUUUAACAUAAAGUGAAUGUUGAAUACAUGAUGUGCACUUUAUUUUCCUACAAAAGCUGUUUCUCAUUUCUUCGUUCAACCAAGCGGAAUAUAUUUUAAAAAAUAUAUAACACGAGCGAGAUAUGAGUACUUUGCUUUCGAGGAUUGUGAUCUGUUAUAUCUAACUCGAAUGUCAGAUUUAGAGCGUGUUUCUUGCGAAUUCAUUUCCAUGAACCAUUGUUAUCAUCUACGUGGUUCAACAAUGAUAUCAACGAUAGGCUCACUAUGAAAGUUAUCGUGAUCUGGUGGAAAUAAAUGCCAUCAUAAAUAAAAUUAACGACAUCAUAUAAGUGCCUCGAUGUAUGCUGAUCCCGACAAAGUUUUUUCUGUUAUUUGGCGAACGACAAACAGCAUCAAAACGUCGUUUAUCAUCCAAGAGCAGAUUCGUCUUAACGUCGAAUUGGAUGUUACAGGUAU